AUGAUAUUGAGUGUGAAAAAUUCAAAAAUCAAGGGAAUAUAUAGAUCCGUGUCAAAUUUUUGCAAUUUAAAUAAAAUAAAAAAUGUAAAUUAUAUAAAUAAAAAAAGAGAAAAAGUUGUUAUUUUAGGAUCCGGAUGGGGUGGUAUUCAUUUUUUAUUAAAUAUUGAUUUUCAAAAAUAUGAUGUAACAUUAAUAUCACCAAGAAAUUAUUUUACUUUCACUCCUUUAUUACCUUGCUUAUGUAGUGGAACGUUAAAUGUAGAUGCAUGUUCAGAAAAUAUUGAAACAUUAUUAAAAAAAAAUAAAAUAUCUGGAAAAUAUUUAAAACUAGAAUGUACAGAUAUAGUAUAUAAAGAUAAAUAUAUAAAAUGUAAAGACAAUGUAAAUAAUAAUGAAAUUAAAAUAAAUUAUGAUUAUUUAGUUAUUUCAGUUGGAGCCAAAACAAAUUCUUUUAAUAUUAAAGGGGUAGAUAAAUAUGCAUUUUAUAUUAAAGAUAUAAUUGAUGCUUUAAAAAUACGGACAAAAUUUAUUUCAAAUUUAGAAGCAUGUAUAAAGGGGAUAAAAGCAGGCGCAGUCACAAACACAAUCACUAAUGAUAGUAGCAGUAGCAUAAGCGAUAGUAGCAGUAGCAUAGGCGAUAGUAGCAGUAGCAUAGGCGAUAGUAGCAGUAGCAUAAGCGACGAUUUGGCAAAAAAGAUGCUACAUAUAGUUGUUGUUGGGGGUGGACCAACCGGAGUUGAGGUUGCAGCUGAAUUGGCAGAUUUUGUAAAUAAAGAUAUUAAAAAUAAAUAUAAAGAAAUAUAUAAAUAUAUAUCUAUUAGUAUUAUUGAAGGAGGAAAUAAUUUACUUCCAACAUUUACACAGAAUAUAUCAAAAUUUACAGAAAAAAUUUUUAAAAACAAAUUAAAUAUAAAUGUGUAUACAAAUUAUCAUGUAAUUGAAAUAGAUGAAAAUAAUUUUUAUAUAAAAUCAAGUAUAAAUAAAAAUGAAGAACAUAAAAAAAUACCAUAUGGAAUAAUAAUAUGGGCUAGUGGUUUGGCUCAAACACCAUUAAUAAAUAAUUUUAUAAAAAAAAUACCUGAACAAGAAAAUAACAAAAAUUUAAAAGUUAAUCAAUAUUUACAAAUAAUUGGAAUCAAACCAAAUAACAUUUAUGCAAUAGGAGAUUGUAAACAAAUUAGUCCUAUUAAUUCUCAUGAGCAUGUUAAUGAAAUUAUUAAUUGUUUAGGAAAUUCAAAAAUUACAUCAGAUGUGUUAAAACAAAAAUCGAAAGAGUUAUCAAAUAUAUUUCCUCAACUUAGUGACACAAAAUGGGAUUAUAAUAAAAAUAAAAAAUCAGAAAUGUCAAUAAAAGAAUUACAAGAAUAUUUAUUUAUGAUUGAUAAAAAUUAUAAAUCACCUCCACCAACAGCUCAAAAUGCUAAACAAGAAGCUUUUUAUUUAUCAAAUAUAUUCAACAAUUAUUUAUACAAUAGCAAUAGCAAUGGCAAUACAAUACCACCAUUUAUUGAAAAGUGGAAAGGUUCGUUAGCAUAUGUAGGAAAUCACCAAGUGGUUGCUCAUUUACCAUUUUAUGAAAUUAAAGGGGGUCCCUUUUCUUUUACAUUUUGGAAAAUUGUUUAUAUGCAAAUGCUAUUAACUUGGAAAUCACGUAUUAACUUUAUCUUUAGCUUUUUACGAACAAAAAUUUAUGGUAGGCCAUUUAUCUGA